AUGCCCCCCGGUGGACUCCCAGCCAGCCUGGUCGCAGGCAACCCCAGCGGCCGUCCCACCGUCGACACCUCUGGCUACGGGGCUAACUAUAGCAAAAAUACACCUACCUCCCCAGAGGACAGCUUGAUUCCUCCCUUCGACUCCCCCUCAACACGAACCGCGGGUCCAGUCACCCCAGUCGAGGAUGGACGCUCGGGUCGUGGACUGGGCCCCGACCAGGCUGGCUAUCGCGACCGCUCCGCCCCCCGAGAUCGAUCGCGAGUCCACGGGCGUCAAAACAAAUCCCCUGGCGGCUCAUCGCGCCUGUGCCAGAAGUGCGGUGAACCUCUCACUGGCCAAUUUGUUAGAGCGCUGGGCGGUACUUUCCAUUUAGAAUGUUUCAAGUGCGAAGAUUGCGGCGAGAUUGUGGCUUCUAAAUUCUUCCCUGUCGAUUCCGAAGACGCAAACUGUCAAUUUCCGCUUUGUGAAACCGAUUACUUUAGACGACUGGGCCUUCUAUGUCACGAGUGCGGCGGCGCGCUGCGUGGUUCAUACAUCACCGCAUUAGAUCGAAAGUACCACAUCGAACACUUCACUUGUUCCGUGUGUCCAACGGUUUUCGGGGCUCAGGAUUCAUAUUAUGAGCAUGAGAGCAAGGUCUAUUGCCAUUUCCAUUACUCUACACAAUUUGCACAGAGGUGCCAUGGCUGUCACACUGCGAUUCUGAAACAAUUCGUCGAGAUCUUCCGCAACGGCCAAAAUCAACACUGGCACCCCGAAUGUUAUAUGAUCCACAAAUUCUGGAACGUCCGGUUAUCGCCUGCUGGUCAGACGUGGGAGCCCCCGCCAGUGGACGAGGAUGCCAGUGAACAAGAACGCAAGCAGAUUCGCGACGAGGAGGAUGUUAUGGAAGACAAAGUCUUCAACAUUUGGAAUACCCUCUCCACCUUUGAAGAAUCAUCUGCCGCUUGCAUCUCAGAUAUGUUGCUCCAUGUCAGCAACGGCGCUUACCUAGACGGUGUUCUAGUCGCCAAACGCUUCAUAGGCCAUGUGGAAAUUCUCUUCGGCGCAGUCGAUGAGUUAGCGACCUAUAUCAAAUCGCACGAGCUAAAAGAACUCUCUUACGGCCGCGAAGCAAAAUUACUCUGCAAAAAGAUCGUUGCCUUCUUUGCCCUAUUAUCCAAGACACAAGAGACCGGUGUGCGGAAACUCGGUGUCACCCAGGAGCUCCUUUCGCUGGUGACAGGUCUGGCUCACUACCUCAAACUUCUUAUUCGCAUUGGUCUGCAAGGUGCAUUGAAACUCGAACGGGAGAAGUCUGCACCUGAUGGAUUACAGCACUUCCUGGAACAUUUACGUGAUCUAGAGUCACUUGCAGAGAUGGAGGAUGAGAACGUCCAGCUUGACUUGAUGGAGGGUGUGGAGGGCCUGGCCGAUCAAUUGUCAGAUUGCUGCAUUUCGUGCAAAGAGCCAAUCGAUGACGAAUGUGUUCUUCUCGGAAAGAGUCGAUGGCAUACCAAGCCACCUCAUCUCUCUUGUGUCGCAUGUGAGAAGGACUUGACCGCUGAUAUCCAAACCGCAUUAUGGAGUCAAAGUGAAGAAAAAGCUUAUUGCGACGCCUGCGCCCAUCAGCAGAAUCUUGGCUCUGCCGUUGAAGGUGGCUUUGUUCCAGUCUCCAAGCUGCAACAGUUCAUUUUCCUGCUCAAGGUAGCCCUCGCACGGCUCCUCGCCGUACUUCGGUCCGGAGGAACCUUGCCUCAAACGUCAGACGAUCCUACCCUCAGUGAAUACGAGAGCAAGGAUGGCCAUCGAGUCAGCCCCGAGGUUCGACGGGCCAACGCUCGCUCUCAAUCAUACGGAGGUGGCUCGCGAGAGGGGAUGGAAGAAUCAUCGCUUGAGCAGACUGUCGGCGAGAUGCGCCGACUGCGUUCGAUUCGCAAUGAGCGAACCCUGUCCACAACCUACAAGAGGGCCCGUGCGUCCAGGAUCAUUGACGGUCCCGAGGGCAGAAGCGCUCGACCAGGGUCCUCUGGCAAUGAUGGCAGCGACCCACGGGGCCCUGGCUUCCAAAUUGUCGAGGAAAGGGAUGCCAAUGGCGAGACUGUCACUGAUCUGACAUUCGGUGCCCAAGACGCCUUGACUUUAGAUGACAUUCCGCGCAUCGUUGCAGCCGAACAAGCUAAAGAACAACGUCCCAACGCCUUCAAGCAUGCUGGACACAAGCUUGUCGGAGGAACAGAGCCCAUGCUCAAAUACAACCGCGGCCACCAGCGCGGAGUAUCAAGUGGGAAUUUGGAGGCACUCAUGGAGCCAACUCGAACCAAGCGUUAUUUCUCAGAGUUGACUGCGCUAGAAUAUUUCAUCGUUCGUCACGUUGCCGUGCUACAGAUGGAACAGCUGGUUGAGGGUCAUUUCCAGAUGGAAGAACUUCUUUCUUUGAUCGAGUCUCGCAAGCCUACGAUAUGGAACAUCUUUGGGCGCGCCUUCAAGGAUGGAAAGAAGGGUGCCAAGAAGAAGGGCGUCUUUGGGGUUGAUCUGAACUUCCUGGUCGAAAAGGAGGGCACAGAGUCAAGUCAUGGCGUUGGCCCAGGUGCGCUCCGCAUUCCAACAUUGGUCGACGACUCUGUUUCAGCAAUGCGCCAAAUGGACAUGUCUGUCGAGGGUGUCUUCCGAAAGAAUGGCAACAUCCGACGACUGAAGGAUACCUCGGAGCUUAUCGACACCAAGUACGAACAGGUCGAUUUGACAAAAGAAACCCCUGUACAGAUCGCAGCUCUUCUGAAGAAAUUCCUUCGUGAGAUGCCGGACCCACUUCUCACGUUCAAGCUCCACAGACUGUUUGUCCUUUCUCAAAAACUUGACGACCCCGAGAAGCAGAGACGAUUGCUGCAUUUGACAUGCUGCUUACUUCCUAAGGCUCACCGAGACACGAUGGAAGUCCUAUUCGCUUUCCUAAACUGGACCUCCUCCUUUUCACACGUUGAUGAGGAUUCUGGAAGCAAAAUGGACAUACAUAACCUUGCCACCGUUGUAACCCCGAAUAUCCUUUAUCCCAACGCUAAGAACAGCACUGUGGAAGAGAGCUUCCUCUCUAUCGAGGCUGUCAACGCACUGAUCACAUAUAACGACGCUUUGUGCGAGAUUCCGGAAGACCUGCAAUCGAUCUUGAGUGAUCCAACUUUGUUCAAGGAAAAUGCCGAGGUGACGACCAAGGAAAUCCUCAAACGUUAUGGCGACAUUGCACGGGGUAGCUUCUCGCAGAGACCAGAGAAUGGCGGCGAGACAUUCACAAUCACUACGCCUAACCGCAACAACAGUGCACCAGCUUCCGCACGCAUUGAGACCGACCCAUCCCAAGACGCAGCCUGGCAAAUGCAGAGCUCUGUUCGCCACGUGCCAGCCCCUAGCGGACAUGCUCACUCAUCUAGCACUAACGCCCAGGCUGGAACUGACAUAGUCCCUCCCCCCAAAUCCUACCACCGUAACCGGAGUGCCAGCAAUGGGAGUCAACCAAAUGCUGGGCCCCCGGAAGGCCAGACACAACAAAAUGUCGCAUAUCGGCCACGCCCAAGUCCAGGUGCCAUGGGCGUUACUGGAUAA